ACCUAAUUGAACAAACAAAAAAAAAGAAUAUUUUAGGUGUCUGCAAAUUUUAAGUGCAUAUUAAAUUAGUUUAAAGUUUUUUUAAAACAAGCCUCAGGUUUGCUUGGUCGUGAAAUGGGAAGGUUCUUCAAGGCUCUGCUUUGAAUGAACUGAUAAGAAGAAAACGAAGACCCGUUGGAAAUCCAUCCACCGAAACUAAAAUGAAGCUCUGCUUUAAAAUGGGAGUCCUUAGGAUGUUGGUUCCUAUAGCGGUUCUGGGUAUUACUUUCCAAUGUAUAUCUUGCCAGGUUUGGCGUACUGGCUACAAAGGACAUGGCACCACCCACGAACAAAUGGGCGUGGUGCAUUGGCCUCUGGCGGAGUUUACCCAGUAUUUGUCGGUGGUUAACUACUCGGACACACCGGAAGUCCAAACCGGUGGCAUGGAACCCGCUUAUAGAAUCGGGGAGAACAUCCUAAAUGGCAUUUUUACAGAUGAUCCUCCAAUUCCACCGGGUUACGUCAAGUUGAGGAACGAUGAAACCUAUGUUUUGGGACCAAAAGUGGAACAGGAAGAGUGGGACGAUUUGUUGAGGAGCUACAUGUUGUUCAUUUUUUUGGUGAUCUGUAUAAUGAUUAUCAUUAUCAUUAUACCGUGUUUGGGUAUCUGUUAUUGCUGUUUCUGUUGUUGUCGUCGCUGUAAACAAGGAUGUCCACCCUGCGAGCAAGAUCGAGAUGCGAGACGACGUUUAAUUUGCGGAGCCUGCCUGUUCCUACUCAUCCUGCCCAUCAUCCUGGGCCUCAUCAUUGCCUUCUUAUCGAAUCGAACACUGGACUUGGGAUUGGAGGACACCUCGAAGACCAUGAGGAUGGGCAGCGAGGACACCUGUACUUUUCUGAGGGACGUAUCAGACCACAUCCAUCAUUUGUUUGUAUACAAUUUCGAGGAAAUGGAAAGACACCUCACUGAUCUUCUAGGAAAGGCCCAUCUACACGUUUUCAUGGACUUGAGCGAUACAUCUGAGGCGAAUUCUAUGGAGGAACUGGCACGAGUUCUAGCUAAUACACCAAAGGCUUUAAAUCUAAUGAAGCAGGUUAACUUUCUGGAGAAAGAGAUCCGUUUCCUGACCGCCCAAUUAAGAGAUGGUUUACGAGGUGUAAAACGUGAGACAAACUUUGCGGUGUCAGUUCUUUGUCGAGUUGACGAGUGCAGACGUUUUUUGACCAGAAACGAUAUCCAGUUUAUAGACACGUCCACCUGUCUGAAUAUGGAGGAGCUGCCAGACUCCAAAGUUUAUGUGGACGCCUUGGAAAAGAUCGUUUCCACCGGGUUAGCAGAUCUUCCUCAGAGGGGUUUGGCUCGACUGAGGGAAGUUCAGGAGAAGAUCAAGUCGGAGUUGGAUCGCGUUUCGCCGCCCAUCUACAGGGAUCUUUCCCUCGCCAAGGAAACAUUUAGGGCGCAGGCGAAGUUCGUAACCAAUGCAAUUGAUGCCGUCAUCAGUCAAGUUCACUUGGCCACUCUAAAUUCCUCCAAGUCCUUUGACGAUGUCUACGAGAGGUUCAACGAAAGCCGUUCUACACUCAACUUGGUCGUCUGCAUACUGAUUAUCGUUGUACUGGUUCUUUUGAUAUUUGCUCUGCUUUUCGGAUGUCUGGGUAGUACCUCUACAGGUCCUGGCAAUGGUGUUUGCAGCAAAGUAACUGGAUCUUGGUUCCUGCUAAUUGCAAUUAUCCUGUUGUUCUUCAUCCUGUCCUUCAUCUUCCUGGUGGGACUGUUCUACUUUGUUCUCGGAGUGGUGAUCUACGAGGGCGCCUGUGCACCCUUAAGAGAUAUGUCGAACAACACGCUAUUCCGAACCCUGGAACCCUCCGUAAAUCUCAUGCAGGCAAUGCCCCGUGAGGAUGGAACGACAGUGAUUCCCCUGAAAGUCUCCUCUGCCAUAGCAGCCUGUCGCGAGGACGAGGCCAUAUUCAGUUAUUUACGGGUAAAUGGUAUCUACGAUGUGGACGAUCUAAUGCGGAUUCAGGUGAUUACCAACGAAAUGCCAAUGCAAAAACACGUUUUUCGGGGGAUCUGUCCUCGGUGGUAUUGCUGGAUACGGAGGAGAGGGGCAAACUUAAUGAUAUGCGGAACGAUAAACUGGCAGACUAUCACAGCACCCUCUACACAAAGAUCCUGUGCAGCCAGUUUGCUCCAAUUAGUCUGGACACGUUGGCGGAUAGGUAUUACGAUCUGUCCGAAACCAUAUCCCCCAAGAGCUUCAAGGAGGCGGUCAUCAACUUUAAGAACCAGAACCUCCACCUCAAGGCCUACGUGGAACACUUCGGGAACAAACUUCAGUCGCACAUAAAGAAGAUAACUCGCCUGCUGGAUACCAUCGACAAGCUGAUCCUGUACGAGAACUACAACUUCGCCACCAGCAUCCACAUACUGCUCCAGGCAGUGGCC